UUCAGUAUACGCAAAUACGGCGGCUUAACGGAUGAUUGGCCAAUUUAUGUCACUGUUUGCAGCGUUUCUUGUUUAUUUUUUGUCUACCUCGAUUGUGGCCUCAAUACCUUUAACGUAUUUUACUUGUUGGGCGCCCACGAUAAGAUGGUGAAAUUGCUGGAUCAGCGCACUCUCUUUCAACCAGGCUUGGAUUACAGAUUGGAGGCGGUUUUCGAGAGCUUCGCUUUAAGCCUGGCAAGAAAUCCACUCAAGCUACGGAUUCUUGAUGCCUUCGAAAUCGACCGUACAUCAUCAUUGGCUAUCGGUUCCUCCAUUCUAACACACUCUAUACUACUGAUCCAAUAUGAUAUGGCACAUUACUAAUAACUAAAAAUGUAUAAAUUAGG